AAAUAUGAGUGGCGCGCGCAUCAAGUGAAAAUAAAGUGCCGACGUGGUAUAACAGUUUCAAUUUAUCGUGGAAAUUCGAUCAAGCAUAAGCACAUCGGGGAAAAUCCGUGAAUUAAACAUUUUCGUAAACAAAGAGGAAGCAACGCCGUAACAGAUAUUGAAUAACGUUAUUUAAACUGCGAAUAAAGUCAUUGUCAUAAAUAAAAAGCAAAACGAUUGAUAUAUUAAUAUUAACGAUUUUAAUUUCGCAAUUAGCCAUGGAGAAGAAUACACUUGAGCCGGGAGACGAAUUGUUGACCAAGAUUGAUCGGAAAUGUAUCAUAUACAGACACUUAUCGAAACCAACAUGGUUCAAAAUCGGUAGAGUAGAAUCUUUGUAUAUGUAUCCACUGAAAGGAGCCAACGGAAUGAGCAUGAAGAAAUGUCAAUUUUCCUUUAAAGGCCCUAUAGGAUUCAGUGAUACUUUCCAAUAUCGAAACAAUAUGUUCGUGAUAUAUAACGAGGAUACCAAAUGCGUGGAAAAUCUCCAUCUAGAAAAUAUGAAUUACUCUUUGUCGGCUCUGAGAAUAGAGUCUAUCAAUAAAUCCAUGAUGAUAUUGAAAGGUAUAGGAAUGUUAGAUUUAGUCUUGGACAUAGAUAAUAUCAGAAGAAAUGGAGAUAUCAUCACGUGCAGCACAUCACUCUACAUGAAAUUCAUAGUAAAUCUGAAGUGUAUCGACUGCGGCGUAGAAGCCGCCGAAUGGAUCUCCAGAUACCUCAACAGACCAAACAUCCGUUUAGCGUACACUGAAGCCGACGCACACGUGAAGCAAACAUUUUGGGAAUGUUUGGCCAAGACGUACGAAACAAUAAGGGAUGACAGAGAUCUUACGAUAUCUUCUGCGAGUGUACCGACUUACACGUUAAUAUCCAACAAGAUGCUACACGAGUGGAACAGCAAGUACGACGGAUGUCCUAAAACAAUCGAGGAAUUUCAACCGAAUAUCGUCAUUUGGUGGACUUCCCCAUGCAUUCUUCAAGAGAUCGAGUGGGAGUGGAUCAAGAUAGGUGAUGCGAUUAUCAGGAAUAUCAUACCGUGGUCGAGACAGUGUACAAAGAUGCAUCCGCGGAACAUACCCAUGGACAUGACAUUAGAUAUGUAUUUAUUACAUUGCGAACUAUACAUUCCGGCGGAGGUACACGUAAACGACAACGUGUAUGUGCAUAUCCCUAUGAAAAACUACAAACACCUAGACACUGACAAUCUAGAUAAUAUGGAGUGAAGAGUUCUCAUGCGAUUU